AUGACUAUGCAACGACUCUUGACAAAGAUUAGAAUUUAUAAUAAUCAUUAUCGUUUAUUUUCAUUUUCUUCAAAAAUUAAUAAUAUUGAUAUUGUUGCACCAAAAUUUCAAAUUGAUCUACCAGGAAUAGAAAAUUAUGGUUUUGAAGGUGAAUCAUCAUUUAUGAUAUGUAAACAUGGAGCGGUUGCAUCCGAUUCAGAAGAAGCAUCUAAAGUUGGAAGACGUAUUUUAAAUUUGGGUGGUUCUGCGGUUGAUGCAGCUAUUGCUGUUCUUCUUUGUGUUGGCGUACAUAAUUGUCAUUCAACUGGUAUUGGUGGUGGAUUUCUUAUGAAUAUUUAUGAUGUUACAAAAAAAGAAUGUGUAGCUAUUGAUGCACGUGAAGCAGCACCAUCGAAAGCUCAUCAAAGAAUGUUUGUUGAUGGAAAUCCACCACCAUCAUCAGUAUCAGGUGGAUUAUCAAUUGGUAUUCCAGGUGAAAUAGCUGGUUAUUGGAGUGCUCAUAAACAAUAUGGCAAAUUACCAUGGUCAGCUUUGUUUAAACCAGCUAUUGAUAUGUGUAAUGAGGGUUUUACUAUACAAAAAGCUCUUGCUUUUAGUAUUUUAAAAAAUAAACAUAAAUUAUGGGAUCAUAGACCAUUCAGACGAGUCUUUUUCAAAGGUGAUUCCGAUGAAGUAUAUGGACUUCAUGAUACUAUCUAUCGACCACGUCUUGGUGAAACUCUUGCAAUUAUUGCUGAAACAGGACCAAGUGCAUUUUAUCAAGGUGAAUUAUCAGCAGAUAUUUGUGAAGAAAUUCAAUCACAUGGUGGAAUUAUUACCGAACAAGAUUUAGCAACUUAUCAUGCUCGAGUUAAACCAUCUCUUAGAAUUAAAAUAAAAAAUAAUUAUACAGCUUAUGGUGUGCCACCACCAGCUAGUUCCGCAAUUACUUUACUUAUUCUUAAAGUAAUGGAUGGUUAUGGUCUAACACCACAAUCAUUAGAUACGGAUGAAAAACAAGUGAAUUUUUAUCAUAUUCUUAAUGAAGUAUUUAAAUUUGCUUAUGGUAAACGAUCAGCAUUAGGUGAUGAAUAUGAUUCACAAACAGAUAAAAAUCAAGAAAUUGAACAACUACUUCAUUUAAUUCUAUCUUCUCAUUAUGCAGAAGAAAUUCAUCAACGGGUCAAUGAAAAAAAAGCUCAACCACUUGAUUAUUAUGAACCAAUGUUUGAACCUCAAUCAGGUAUAAAAAUAUUGUUAAUGAGACAAAUACACUAG